AUGUCAAAGGUUUUGUAUGAGUUUUCUCCAAACACCAAUGUCGUCAAAGGCCCUCAUGCCCCUGAUUCUCCUAUUGUCAUUCAAGCAUACAAUGUGACAUUCUCUGAUGUUAUCUCGAAACAAUUCAUGAACUCAGGAAUUAAAGACUUCAUCAACUAUGUCAAAAGCUUCCCUCUUCGAUAUGCCUUCUACAACUUCGUAGAUCCGUUCUACCCAAAGCAAUUCACCUCUUGUGAUCCAUCCAAAUAUACUCUUCGCCAGUGUUUUGGUGUAGGGUGGAAGUAUCUAUCAAGGGUAAUUGAAGAUGAUGAUGAGAAUAAUGAUGAAGAUAAUGAGGAAGGUGUUGAUGAUGAAGAAGAAGCUAAUGAACUUGCCACUGAUAAGGGAGAAGCCUUUGUUCAUGGAAUGAAUUCUCCUCCAAUAUUGAACAAGCACAUUCGAUUAUGCUCUACUUCUUCAUCGACUACCUCAACAAAUGAUAUUGUACAACGUGGAUCAAGCCCACCUAAAAUUGAACCUACUGAUCCACUGAUUCAAGAUGUGACUUCUCAAAGAUCAAUGUCUCAUUCUCCUCAAGCUGCAACAGCUCCUCCUAUGCUAAUGCAUAUUCAGACUGCUUCUUUUUAUCAAGGGGAAUCCAGUUCCAACUUUCAAACUACUAUGAUCUUUCAACUCUCUCUGUUGGUGUAG